CUGCUGAUGUCAGCCUCGUCGCUCUCGCUCCUCCCGCACCCACCUCCCUGCCCCGGCACACUGCAGCUCGGCGCGGACUCUCCAGUCGCGGCGAGGUGGCUGCAAACUCACGGGCACGCACGGCGCUCCCAGAGCCGAGGGACUCGGGGGAGGGGACGCGCGCAAGGCGCUGGCAGCCAACCGCCGAGGUUGAAGACACUCGGGGCCCAGAACAGGGCAGAACCCUGGCGACUGCGGCUUCCCUUUUCUUUCUCGGCUGAGCUCCGAAGAGACUCGGGGACUGGCCCUAAAAAAGAUCAGGAAAUCUUGUUUACCGCCCGUGGAGAGGAGCUCAUCGAGCCUUUGUUUGGAAAGUCAGCAUCGCCUGCUCCCGCGGCAAUGUGUUCCUGGUGACAUUAACCCAGGGUAGACCGGUAGGAGAAAACAGGGCUCGCCAGGUUCAGCUCUGCUUUCGGAGGAGGAUCCAGAGGGCGACUUUUGUGCAUUUGUUUGAAUUUGUGGAAAUCCCUUUUCCCCCUCCCUUUGCCUCUCUUGCCCGCCGCCGGGCAUGUCCUGAUCUGGUGGCCGCGCCUACCAGCCCGGGGCUGCUGAUCCGAGCUGUCUCUCGCGGGUCUCCCUCCCUCAGUGCCUGACUUUGCAAUACCGGGAGGGCUGAUCUCUGCGAGGAAGGAGGCGGGGGAGUCACAGACACCGGGACCCGAAGCUUGACAUGCUCCGGGGCGGACCGGAGGCAGUUAGGAGCUGAGCGCACCACCGGGGCUGCUUCGCUCGCCGGUUCCCAGCGUCUUUGCCCUCCACUGGGCUCCAGCCUUGCUCAUCUGUUGGGACGCCCCCUUCUUUCCCGGGGUCCGCGGCCGGCAGGAACAUGCUGCUGAAGGAGUACCGAAUCUGCAUGCCGCUCACCGUGGACGAGUACAAAAUCGGACAGCUGUAUAUGAUCAGCAAACACAGCCAUGAGCAGAGUGACCGGGGAGAAGGGGUAGAGGUCGUGCAAAACGAGCCCUUUGAGGACCCUCACCAUGGCAAUGGGCAGUUCACGGAGAAGCGAGUCUAUCUCAACAGCAAACUGCCUAGUUGGGCCAGAGCUGUUGUUCCCAAAAUAUUUUAUGUGACUGAGAAGGCGUGGAAUUAUUACCCAUACACCAUCACAGAAUACACCUGUUCCUUCCUGCCGAAAUUCUCCAUCCACAUAGAAACCAAGUACGAAGACAACAAGGGAAGCAACGACAGUAUUUUUGACAGUGAAGCCAAAGACCUCGAGAGAGAAGUGUGCUUCAUCGACAUCGCCUGUGAUGAAAUUCCAGAACGCUACUACAAAGAAUCUGAGGAUCCUAAACACUUCAAGUCUGAGAAGACAGGCCGAGGGCAGCUAAGAGAAGGCUGGCGAGACAACCAUCAGCCCAUCAUGUGCUCCUACAAGCUGGUCACUGUCAAGUUCGAGGUGUGGGGCCUUCAGACCCGAGUGGAACAAUUUGUGCACAAGGUGGUCCGAGACAUCUUGCUGAUUGGACACAGACAGGCCUUUGCGUGGGUUGACGAGUGGUACGAUAUGACAAUGGAUGAUGUUCGAGAAUACGAGAAAAACAUGCAUGAACAAACCAACAUAAAAGUUUGCAAUCAGCACUCCUCCACUGUGGAUGACAUAGAGAGCCAUGCACAGACAAGUACAUGACAAUGGAUGAAGUGCGAGAGUUCGAACGAGCCACUCAGGAAGCCACCAACAAGAAGAUCGGCGUUUUCCCACCGGCCAUUUCUAUCUCCAGCAUCGCCCUACUGCCUUCCUCGGUGCGCAGCGCCCCCUCCAGUGCCCCGUCCACCCCUCUCUCCACAGAUGCGCCAGAAUUUCUGUCCAUUCCCAAAGACCGGCCCCGGAAAAAAUCUGCUCCAGAGACGCUCACACUUCCAGAUCCGGAGAAAAAAGCCACCCUGAAUUUACCUGGCGUCUAUGCUUCUGAAAAGCCAUGUCGGCCCAAAUCAGAGUAACUCCAUGUGAACAUCCCGUUGGGUCCUUUGUUUUCAUUCGAGGCUUUUUUUUUUUUUUUUUUUUUUUUUUUUUGAAUCCUCUGAUCGAGGAAAAGACUGCCUCUUCAUUCAGAUGUGUUCUUGGAUCUCAGAUUGUGCAUGUGGUUAAAUAAUCUCACAGAUAGCAAGAAGCCCUAAGUGUGCCACACAGCAUCAUAGUGAGUGUGAAAAGUACGAUUUAGAAAAACAAAACAGGUGGGGUUGAGGACAGAGCUCAGUGGGUGGAGCUGCUGCAGCUGCCAUGGGUUCCAUCCCAGCAAUGGUAAACUAGGCAGGGGGAUCACAAGCUCAAGGUCAACCUCAGCUACAUAAAGAGUUUGAGGCCAGCUUGGGUUAUAUGAGACACUGUCUCAAGAACAAUUAAAACCCACAGAAUUGUCUCUAGUUUUAGAUGUGGGCCAGGGAGGAAGCCUUGUUUAGGGGCCUUGAUGAAUCUGAUGUGGGCCUCAAUGGUAAAAGGGUGAGUGGAUGAGAAAACUUUUUUUUUCUCUUUUUUUCUUUUUCUUUUUCUUUUUGGUAAGCUGUGGUAAAAUAGUGAUGUCAAUUUCUUCCCAUCAAACCAGAAAUUCUCAACAACAAAUAGGAAAAGAAAAUACUCUCAGGUGUCACUUGCCUAACUGUUACAAUUGGGGACUGCAGACCACCAAUACUUGAAUUCCAGCUGUUAUCAAUGAAUUCCAGCUGUUAUCAAUGAAUUCCAGCUGUUAUCAAUAUUCAUAUUUUGAUUUAGUCUGACUCAGGAUUUGGAGCCUGAUUAACUUCUUAAAUUUUUGAAAAUUUUAAUAACCAACUUCUAGAGGCUCCAAGUGCAAUUAACAAUAAUGUCUUUAUACCUUUUCACAAAAUUUAAUAAAGCACCCAUCUGUUUGAGUCGCUUCACUAACCCCUCCGUGCCCUGGUGGAUUCUCAAAUCUUUUAAGACUUGCCAGGAUGAGUGAUGACCACAGCUAAUGUAAUGUGUAAUGUUUGGAAACAGAGCCCCAGGUGAGAUAGACAUCUUGUUUUCAGGUACCUACAAAGCUUGACCCGUGAGCCUCGUCAUCCAUAACAAUUCUCAGAAAUCUCAAUGAGCUGAGUAGACUUCAUUGACAGUCUCCCACUUGAGGAAGUUCAGGGUAGACUAAGUGACCUGGGCUUAACCACUGUCUGAAUCAUGAAAAAGAGCAUCCAGCCCUCCUGGUUUACUCUUAGCAACAUCCAGAUGUCCCCGGAAUGGGUUGGCCAUCACCGGGCUUUAGAAAACAUUGCCAUUCUCUUACGCCUCCCUUAUAAUCUACAUAUUGGGGGCCAGGGUGUAGCUCAACUGUAGAGUUCUUACCUAACAUGCAGGAUGCCCUGGGUUCAGUCCCCAACCCUGCAAAAAGGAAAUAAUCCAGAUACUGGCUGUGUCCCAGGAAUCCAGUAAAUUGAAGCAAGCAGGAAGGGGUGAGGAGGGGAGUCACAGGCUCCUAGGGAUGUCAUAAAUGUCCCUUUUGUCUUACUCUUGUUGCUGAAUGAAGGGGACAUGUUUGCCAGAAUCCAGGCUGACAGCUAGCAAGGUCAGUCAGUCUCAGUCAUCAAAAUGGCAGAAAGAGAAAUCUGUCACCGUUGCACCUCACUGCCUUGAAACCCACAAGGAAAGCAAGCAGAUAUAGCAGUGCCGAACAACAGGUAGCUCCAGAGCCCAUGUCCUAGCUAUCCCUUCCUGACUCAUGACCUUUAACCUCAGGAAAGGAAAUGGCCCCCAAUACAGAUCCCAAAGGAAGCAAAACAGAUCAAGGAGUGUACUCCCCUUCCCCGACACCUCCCAGCCGAUGAACCCUGCCCACACUCUUGGGUGUUCCCAUUCUGCAAUGUCUUCUGGGUCCAUGCCCUCUCCUGAAGCACAGAUGCUGGCCCCUCGAGCCCAGCACCAAAGUGUUUAGAGUGUCUAGAUCAUUUGUCUAUAGAUGGACAUUGCACUUCAGUACUCAAAGGAAAGCAAUUACAAAUAGCUUAUCGUAACAGCGCAUCUUUUCCUUAAGGUGACAGUACCGUAGUAGGGUACCCUUCUUUGCAUGGUAUGGAAGCAUGAAUCUUGCUUGUGGGAAAACUGUAAUCUUUUCUCAAACCCUUUGAACUCCUCAGUGGCUCCCUCACCAUGCAGCUGUAUUCAAUGAGAAUGUCUGGCUUUAAAAAGCAAAAUUCCACUUUCAGAAGACUCGGAGUUUGUGUAUGUAUCUGCUUACCAUUUGCAAGCCGACUCGGGCUGGGGUGGGCUCAUCAGUUUUUGUGUAGUACAAGUUGAUUUUUGCGCAGGUGGCUAACCCAUCUGGCACCUAGUUUUUCCAGUAACACCAUGCCACUCUUCCUUUCCAUACCAGCUUCUAUUGUCAAGGUCAACAAUCUGGUUCACUUUCAAAAGCCACAUUCUUACUCCCUUUCUGUGAGUUUUCUCUCCUUUGUAGUCAGCCCAGGACCUUUGACACCAACUGCAGCGCUAACCUAUGAUAGUGUGAUUCUUAACCAACACGUAUGUGUUCAGUUUUCCUGUCCACGUGUGGUUUGCGUGUGUUACAAAUAGGGAAGGGGUGGGAUUCUGGAUAUAUUUCAUUAGCUGCUUUGAAUAUUUAAUCCAGUCAUCCCAAAGCAUAAAUGACUUCGACAUUUUUCUGAAUCUUGAUUUCCAAGUCUCGUUUCGUCUUGUCCGUACGUGAAUCUGUUAUUGUGGGAUCCAAGCCGUCAAGGAGUGUAUAUAUAGAACAUGAGUAAUUCUUGUGAGGAUGGAAACAAAAUGGCUGCAUGACGGAAACUUAGGAAGACAAAAACUAAAUAAAUAAAUAAAAUAGCAGAAACUUGAGUUGCUAAGCAUGUUUGAGGGGGAAGUAGAAUCCUCAACUCAGUGCCUAUGUCUGCCAUGUGAAAUCCUUCAGCUUUGUUCACCAAAAUUGUAUCAUACCUGUACAUAUAUAUACAUGUAUAAAAUGCGGUAUAGCAAGUCACACGCCACCAGUUCUAAGUCUCUGGUGGCCAAACUGAAAUAGUAACCCAUAGGAUAAUACAUGUGUUUACCCCUCUUCAUCUCUGAUGGCGGUGGAUGCCGCUAAUAUGGCCAUACGUGUCUUGACUCCAGGUGGCUUCCGAAUAGGAAAUACCCCUGCGCUCUUGGUGUGGCACGGCAGCAUCGCUUUGUCUGCGCUUUCCUGGGUCAAGCUCUUGUGGUGUCUUUAUUGCAUAAAGUUUGUCUGAAACCACCCCUGAGGAGCGUUUCCUUUUGCACUGUAGUAAGAGAAAACAAAGGAAAAAGAGAAACUGUGACAUUUUUUGUUCAGUUUGUUGGUGGAUUUGUUUAUAAACUCUGCUAUCAUGGCUUUGCAUCUAUGUGGGGACUGUCUUAACUUAUGCACAGGCAAAUGUCAGCCAUAGUUUGGGAUGUGGAAAUAAGUUAGCUCAAUUGUGGAUGUCAUGAACACACACACACACACACACACACACACAUGCAAAGGCUGUCAAAAUAGCUUAGAGGGUCAAGGCACUUGCCACCAAAUCUGACAAUCUAAGCUCAAUCCACAUCUCACAUGGUUGAAAGAAGGAACUGGUUCUCACAGGUUGUCCUCUGACCUCCACACAUGUGCAGUGGUAUAUACACAUACAGGCCUGAGUGCUCGCAUGCACACACACAUACAUACACAAAUAAAAUUUUAAAAAUAAAAUACACAACCACCAAUAAUAUCCCCAAAAGUAACCAUGACUUUCUUUCAUGGCUCAUAAUGGACUUUAAACCAAAAGACAGCUUAAUAAAAACCCUCUUCAGUGAAAGUUUCAGGACUAAUGUGUUUGUGAAUAUUUUCAAAUUUCACUUCCUUUAGUAUCUCUUCAAUGCUCUGAGUCAGCAGCGUGACAGGGCACCAGCUGGCUCAGAUUGAUGGGAAAUUUGUUUUUGAAAAAGGCCAGCACAGAAUUGACCAUUCUUUCAAUCUGUAAGCAGAUAGUCCAAUGGAGAGCAACUCUAAAUAAUUUCCAUACUUUUCUGGUCACCUGACUAGUGGGCUAGAUGACAGUCUGCCAUCUAAGCCAUAGUUGUAAAAUAAAAUAAAAAUCCUGGCCUGGCCUCUAAGUUGGUAUCAAUAAACUAUAUUAAGCUCUUUAUUCUUGGUGAGACCAAAGUGUCACAAUGUCGCAUUGUGUUGACACCACGAACAGAGGCAAGAAACUUUGGGUUCUUCUGUAUUCUGUAUUUUGUAUUCCACCUUCAGCGUGGUCUGUCUGAGACUGAUAUCUUACUGGUCAAGAUCCAUAGGACUUCAUGAUGUAAGAGAGAGUGAAUUCAUGGAGAACUUCACAGACGAUGCCCCUUAAGUGUUACUCCAUUUUAACAAAUACUUAGGACAGGCCUCCCCACCUUCUUGCUUUUCGAGUUCAGUCUGUAUCUGUGAAGUUACAAGUCUCCCUUUCAGUUCCCCAGUGUCCUUGAGAAGAGUUGAUGUUAUACGUCCUGGCCACUGUCAUUUCAGAGUUUACAUUUUUGAGCUGAGAUCUUGAUCGGCUAACUUAGUCAAAAUACCACUGCCACCACUGAAGGACCAAGUGUUGAAACGCACAGUGUCUCGAGCAACGCAAGCGGAAGUAACCCUCACACACACAACCCUCUAUGUCUUUUUAUGGCUGUUCUGUCCUUAAUGCCCACCCCCCGUUAUUUAUUAUUGUUAAUAACUUACUUUUUCUUACAUUCUGUUGUAAAUAAAGUAUGAGGCAAUCUUC